AUAAAGAGUUGCAUUCACUGACCUGAAAGAUUGUAUAUUCCUGCAACAGCAGUGCCGUCACAAUGGCCUCUGGUCUUGCUCAUGUUUGGCCUGACCUGCAAGUGUCAUCGAAAUAUGUACACAAGCGCGGACGUCCGCUUGGUCCAACCAGCUUCCGAGUCCACAACACCUGGAGAAACUGUUCGCCUGACCUGUACAGUCCACGGAAUCAGCCUUUCAAAAAAGCAUGUUUAUUGGUACCAGCAGAAGCGAGACAGCGCCCCAAGAUUUAUUCUGAAGGGGACCGAUAAAAGAGGUGAAGGUAUCUCGGACAGAUUUACCGGCCUGGAAGAUGAAUCAACCAACGUGGGAUAUUUGACUAUCACUAAUGUGCAAUCGGAGGAUGCUGCUGAGUAUUACUGUUUUUCAUGUGAGGCAAGCGACGUGUGCUACUUCUGCAGCGGAACCAGGCUGAUUCUUCACGCACCAGCCAAGCCCAAAGUGUCGCUCCUUCCCCCCAGCACAAAGCAGAUUGCAGGAACCAACGAUGCGACGCUGAUGUGUGUGGUCACUCAUUUUUACCCGGAGUCGGUGACGCUGGUGUGGAGUGUGGACGGCAAAGUCAGACAGACCGGCGUCCAGACAAGUUCAACCAUACAGGACUCUGACCAGACAUACAGCUUAAGCAGUUACCUCACCCUGCCAGCUUCCGAGUGGAGCUCACACGAGCUUUACUCCUGCGGAGUAAAACACCAGACCCUCAGCUCCACACUUGAGCAAAGCAUCAGUCGAUCAAGCUGCAUGUGA